ACGACGACGACGACGACGACGACGACGACGACUACGUCUUCGGCACCGCGGGCGCCUCCAAGGCGCCAGCUGGCGGAUUGCCAGCCAUGGGGGAAUCGAUCCCCUACUCGAAUGCCAAUCUGCACGGCGCGGAUGGCCGGGAGGGCGAGCGAGGCACGCGCCCCCACGGCGGCCGCGGCGAGGCCGGCGCCGAGAGGACAAGUGCCGCCCCGACGUGGCGCCGACCAAGGAGGACGUCUGGUACGAGUGCCACCAGCUGAGCUCGGAGGAGACCCGCCUCCGGCUGGAGCUCGACAGCUGGCGCGCGCGGCUUCGCGCGGCCGAGGACCUCACGAGCCAGCAUGAGGAGCUGGCGUGUGCAGCGCUGGGGCAGGCCGCGUGCGUGAUGGACACGCCCCCGCGUCCCGCAGUCCUGGGGCUCAUCGUGAGCCCCGGCGCGGAGGGGCGCGCGGAGCUCCAUCGGCUUCAGAAGGUGACCACCGCGCAGCUGGUGGUGACGGAGCCCCUGACGCUGGGCUCGCGGAGGAUUCCCGCGGGCAGCGUUCUGCUGCAGGAGCACUCCAUGCGCCUGCAUGGACACCCCGCGCGGGGCAGGCAGUGGAGCGACAUCGGGGCACUGGACCUGCCAGCGCGACUCUCCUUCUUGGCCCCAGGCACGCUACCCGGCUCGGUGGUGAUUGCAUCUGCCAGCCUGCCCCCCGCGCGCGCUGGGCGGCCCGGCGAAGGGGGGCUCUUCGAGGCGUCACUGCUGGCGGCGCAAGUGCAGGAGAGCCUGGCGGGGGGCGCGGGCGCCUCCCAUGAGGACCUGGCGGCGAAGUGCGCCACGCUCGUGCGCCGCCUGCUGCCUGCUGGAGGCGCCCGCGCGGAGAGGCCCGCCGUGCCGCUGGGCGACGCGCUGGCCCAGGCGGUCAGAAGCUGCAGCGCCGAGAAACAAUGGGGCUCGGAGGACCUGCUGCUCCUCGCGCGCCUGUGCGAGAGCUGCGGGGCGCUGGGCGAGGAGGCCCAGCCGCCCCGCGCCGCUACCCGCGGCACGCUGGCGAACCCGGCGGGGGCGGUUCACCCGCUGCUGGAGAGGCUCGUCACGGCCGACCAGCUCGCAGAGGCACUCGGGCAGCCGUGCCUGCCGGACGACCACGCGCACCUGGAGGAAGCUGUGCUCACCGCGCGCCAGCUGGCCGCGCAGUUGCGCGGGCCCCCGAGCAGCGCGGCCCGCGCGGCGGCCGGCGCGGGAGGGGAGCUGGAUCGGCUUGCCCGGGAGGUGGAGGCGGGCAACGUCCAGCUGCAGGAGCGCCUGGGCCAGCUGGACCUGCUCGAGGUCCAAGCGCCCACCUCGUGGUCGGUGCCCCCAGCGCUGUGGGAGGACCUGGUGGGCAGCCGCCCCCCGCCGGCGGGAGCUCCAGCGGCGGAGUGGCGCAGGGCAGCGCAGGGGGCCCUGCUGGACGCCAAGGUGGAGGCGGGCCGGCUCGCUGACGAGCGGCGGGUGCGGGCCGAGAGGGGCCGCGCGGAGGUGGACCGCCUGGUGCGCGAGCGCAUCCUGGUGGAGGCCGAGGCGGACGCGCUCGAGGCGGAGAACCGCAUGCUGGAGGCCGAGAUCGGGCAGCAGUCGCGCCGCCGGUCCGGCCUGCAGGCCGGCAGGGCCCGCGGGGCCGCCGCCGCGCGCGCCAGCGGCGACGCGUGGACGGGCGAGGCCCGGAGGCGGAGCCACGAGCUGAUGGUGGAGAGGCGCGCCAGGGUCAUCCAGCGGCGCUGGCGCGGGCGGCGCUCCCAGGAGGGUGCGGCCUCGAGCGGCUCGGCCGCGG